AUGAACAAAAACAGCACCAUAGCACCAGAACGUCCUUCAAGGUGCCCCGACAAUACAGCAUUUAAGCAACAGAAACUCCCUGCUUGGAAGCCCCAGCUCACUCCUCUGCCUGUCCUCUUCAGCUUCUUUGCCAUUGGUCUCUUCUGCCUUGCUGUGGGAAUUGCACUUACACUGGCUUCAACAAGCGUACGGGAAACAGAGAUCAGCUAUUCCGAGGUAUGUUCGCAUUGUUCAGAGUUACGUCAGAACUCCUCAAAUUGGGAGAAAGAAUGCCACUGUGUCACCAACUUUACGCUACAGAACAGCAUGCAAGGUGAUGUUUUUAUGUACUAUGGAUUGUACAACUUUUAUCAGAAUCACCGUCGGUAUGUUCAUUCUCGAAGUGAUGCACAAUUAUUGGGCCAGGAUGCAAAUAUUGAGAACAGUAACUGUGCACCUUUCACAACUUACAAAAAUGGCACACCCAUGGCUCCGUGUGGUGCAGUGGCAAACAGCAUGUUCAAUGAUACAUUAUAUCUUACUUACUACCCUAAUUCUACAAUGGCUAUCCAAGUUCCACUACUGAAACAGGGGAAUACCUGGUGGACAGAUAAAAAUGUGAAAUUUCGAAACCCAACAUCACAAAAUUUGUCUUCUGCAUUUGCUGGGACAGCAAGACCCCCUUACUGGCAGAAACCAGUGUACUUAUUGGAUGAGGGAAAUGAAGAGAACAAUGGUUACAUAAAUGAUGAUUUCAUUAUCUGGAUGAGAGUUGCAGCGUUUCCUGAAUUCAAGAACCUUUACCGUCGUAUUAGCCGUACCAAGGAGUUUGCAGAUGGGCUCCCAGCAGGUCUUUAUGGCCUACAUGUCUCCUAUAAUUUUCCAGUUUCAAAGUUCAAAGGGAGAAAGCAGAUGAUCUUAUCAACAGUGGCAUGGAGUGGAGGAAGAAACCUCUUUCUAGGAAUAGCUUAUAUUGUUAGUGGUGCAGUGAUUUUUCUAGCAGGUUGUGUCAUUACAGCAGUUCACUUGAAUGUCAAGAAGAAGAAAAGUUAACAGAAUUGUUUCAUUAACUAGAUAGAAGUUUUUAAGAGCAAGCUCUUUGGAAUCUGGAUACCAUUCUUCUAGCUUAUUACCCUGACUACAAGGACACAUGCUAAAACAGUUAAGGGCUAAGAUCAGUUGGCUAAAGGCAGAGGAGGACAAGUUGUAUCACUGUGGUAAACAAUUGUUAGCUGCCCCAUAACAACAACAACAAAUACAUAAUAAUAAUAAUAAUAAUAAUAAUAAUAACAACAACAACAACAACAACAACAACAACAACAACAACAAUACACCAGAUAUCACUGUAGUCGAGAAGAAAGAAAAACAAGUCAAAAUAAUCGACAUAGGAAUACCAGGGGAUAGCAGAAUAGAAGAAAAAGAAAUAGAAAAAAAUCACCAAAUACAAAGAUCUACAAAUUGAAAAUGAAAGGCUGUGGCAGAAAAAGACCAAAAUAAUCCCAGUGGUAAUUGGCGCCCUGGGUGCAGUCCCAAAAGACCUUGAAGAGCACCUCAACACCAUAGGGGCCACAGAAAUCACCAUCAGCUAAUUCCAAAAAGCAGCUUUACUGGGAACAGCCUAUAUUCUGCUACAAUAUCUAUAACAACUGACAAUAAAAUUCAGCCAUCCCAGGUCCUUGGGAAGGACUCGAUGUCUGAAUAAAACAAACCAGUCAAUAACACCUGUCUGACUGUGUAAACAAGAAAUAAUAAUAAUAAUAGAUCACCAUCAGCCAAUUACAAAAAGCAGCUUUACUGGGAACAGCCUAUAUUUUGCGACGAUAUCUAUAAUAACAAUAUUGAUAUUAAAAUUCAGCCAUCCCAGGACCUUGGGAAGGACUUCAUGUCUGGAUAAAACAAACCAGUCAAUAACACCUGUCUGACUGUG